CUUCCUAGUAUCUUACACCCGCUAGCUAAUCCGCAACGCCGGACGACGCUCGGACGCGGACGCUGUCCUUGUGUGGCCUGCCUCCGGGUUUCACAAGCUCGGCUCCGUCUCAAAACCAGAGCGGCCGUAAGGACGCAAAGCGGCCCCGCGGCUGCCAAACCCAAAGCCCCAAAAGAGGAGGGCUGCCCCCCCGAUGAAACGACGACGAUAGCGACCACCACAUAAACGACCAUGGAGGAGUUCGACGAGCUCAUGCCCACGCCCGACGAGGACGGCCGCCUCGAGCUGAGCCACCGCGCCUGGCAGCACGUCGACGAGGUCGUCUGGACCAUGGGUUUGGAGAUCACGGCGCUCAGUCUGGCUUAUAAUCGGUUAGCACACAUCGCGCCGGAGCUCGGGGAUUUGAAGCUGUUGCGCGAGCUGGACUGCUCGUGCAACAAGCUGCAGGCGCUACCGGCGAAGAUUGGCGCGCUACGCCAGCUCCGGAAGCUGAAAUGCAACGGCAAUUCCCUGGAGCAUCUACCGGACGAGAUCGGGCAGUGCCGGCAGCUCGAGGAGAUCAUUUGUAGCGAGAAUAAGCUCGUGGCGCUGCCGCGCGCUCUGGGAACGUGCAAGAAGCUCCGGAUUUUACUCGCCCAGAACAACUCGCUGGCCAUGUGUCCGCCGACGCUCGCGGACGUCUCCGCCUCGUUAGAGCACAUCAACCUCGCGGGCAACCCGAGGCUAGACAUGAUCCCCAAGAAAAUCCGGGGGGACACGGAAUUGAUCCUCUGGGUCCUGCGACUGCACCGGGACAACGAGGUCGAGUCGCAGUACGUCUUGUCGUGCAUCGACACGCUCGAGGGCAUAUCCCGGGGCGCGACGGAACGGCACCGCGAACUGCGCUUGGAAUUGAAGAAGGUCGACGAGGACCGCCUCGAGCUGCUCCGGAAUCUACCCACGGGCAUCGACAAGGUCCUCGUCAUCUACGAGUACCUGCUGAAGAAGGCCAAGACCAAGAAGUGCGUAAUAUCCUAGCCUUAG